AUGUCUCAACACGCAAGCUCAUCUUCUUGGACUUCCUUUUUGAAAUCGAUUAGUUCGUUCAAUGGCGAUCUGUCGUCUUUGUCUGCACCACCAUUUAUUCUUUCCCCCACUUCUUUGACAGAGUUUUCUCAGUAUUGGGCUGAACAUCCAGCUUUAUUUCUGGAACCCUCAUUUAUUGAUGGUGAAAAUUACAAAGAUCACUGUCUCUUUGACCCAAAUGUGGAAUCACAAGAAGUGGCGCGAAUGCUGGCAGUAGUUAGAUGGUUCAUUUCAACUUUGAGAUCACAAUAUUGCUCUAGAAGCGAAUCGAUGGGUUCUGAAAAAAAGCCUUUAAAUCCAUUUUUGGGUGAAGUAUUUGUUGGUAAGUGGCAAAAUGAUGAACACCUAGAGUUUGGUGAAACGGUGCUUUUGAGUGAGCAAGUUUCACAUCAUCCACCUAUGACAGCAUUUUCAAUUUUUAAUGAAAAAAACGAUGUUUCUCUUCAAGGUUACAAUCAAAUUAAAACUGGUUUCACUAAAACAUUGACGCUAACCGUCAAGCCAUAUGGACACGUCAUUUUGAAGAUCAAAGAUGAGACUUACCUGAUUACAACCCCGCCUUUGCAUAUCGAAGGUAUUCUAGUCGCUUCUCCAUUUGUUGAAUUAGGGGGCAGGUCAUUCAUACAGUCAUCAAAUGGUAUGUCAUGUGUUAUAGAAUUUUCAGGAAGAGGGUAUUUCACAGGCAAGAAGAACUCCUUCAAGGCAAGAAUCUACAGGAACCCACAAGAGCAUAGUCAUAAGGAGAAUGCCUUAUAUCUGAUCUCAGGUCAAUGGUCAGGUGUCUCAACAAUUAUAAAAAAAGACUCGCAAGUUUCACAUCAGUUUUAUAAUUCAUCGGAAACUGCUGCUGAACAUUUAUUAGUCAAACCGAUCGAGGAACAGCAUCCUUUAGAAAGUAGGAAGGCUUGGAAGGAUGUGGCAGAAGCAAUCAGACAGGGCAAUAUUAGUAUGAUAAAGAAGACUAAGGAAGAACUAGAAAAUAAGCAAAGAGCAUUGAGAGAACAAGAGCUCGUGAAAGGUGUUGAAUGGCAAAGAAGAUGGUUCAAACAAGUGGACUACAUGAAUGAGGAUAAAUCAAACGAUGUAGAGAAAGCAAGUGAAGAUGAUUUUAGAAAACUGGCAUCCAUGCUGCAGCUUUCUGUGAAAAAUGUGCCAAGUGGGACGUUGAUUGGCGGGAAAGAUGAUAAAAAGGAUGUUCAAACCGCAUUGCAUUGGAGGUUUGAUAAAGAUUUAUGGAUGAGGGAGAAGGAGAUUACUAUAUAA